AUGUCCAUUGAGGCCGCCAUCCACACUCUUCAUUGGCACGAUAACAACCUCCCGAUCUACUCACUGGAUAUCCAGCGAACGAGUAAUCCCGUGACCGGUACCCGUAGCGCACGCGUGGCUACUGGGGGAGGAGACAACAACGUGCGAAUCUGGCGUGUAAACUAUACAGAGACCAAAGUAGAGUCUGUGGAAUAUCUGAGCUCGCUUACCAAGCACACCCAAGCAGUCAAUUGUGUCAGAUUCAAUCCUUCUGGCGAUAUGCUAGCGAGUGCUUCGGAUGACGGAACAAUAAUGAUAUGGUGCCUGUCGGAUAAAAUUAUUAAGGAAUUCGGCAAUGAAGACGACGAUGUGAAGGAGAGCUGGUAUUUGGAAACAUCGUGUAGAUCCUCGACGCUUUCGGAAAUCUACGACAUCUCGUGGUCGCCGGAUUCCAAAUACAUCUGUUGCGGAUCAAUGGAUAAUAUCACGCGUAUAUUCAGCGUGGCCACGGGUGCUAUGAUCAAGCAGAUUGCUGAACAUAACCACUACGUGCAGGGUGUCACGUGGGAUCCUCGGAACGAAUACAUUUGUUCUCAAUCAGCAGACAGAUCUGUCCAUAUCUACAAGAUUGUGUCAGAAAAAGGAGCAGACUUGGUUCUCUCUCCUACCACCUUCUACAAAAUCAUUCGCGCAGAGCUGCCAAGCAAGAGUCUCACCACGGAAAACCUCAAAGAAAACACCGAAAGCUCCAACAUGGACCCUCCUUUACAAACACCCCGCCACAAAAGGACGCAUUCAAAUUCGUCUACGUCUUCCUCGCAUUCCAUCGCGGUUUCGGCAACGCGCUCGUCGUCUCCGCUUCCAGCGGUAAUGCCGGCUUCGCCCAAUCCUGUCUACAAAAGCCUGCAACUCUACCACAACGAAACGCUCCAAUCAUUUUUCAGGCGACUCACUUUUUCUCCAGACGGCAUGCUAUUGUUCAGCUCUAGUGGAGUGUUCAAAACAGAUGCGUCUGAGGAAAACAUCAAUACUGUUUAUAUACACACGCGAUUUGGCCUCAACAAGCCUCCGGUUGCACAUCUGCCUGGGUUUAAAAAGCCGGCCAUAGCCAUCAAAUUUAGUCCGGUGCUAUACAAGCUUCUGGAGAACGAAAAAAGUGUUUUCAAACUGGACUACCGCAUGGUUUUUGCCGUGGCGACGCAGGACUCGGUCGUGAUAUACGACACGCAAAGACUCAAGGCGCUGGGCAUAGUCACAAACAUCCACUACUCAGUGAUCACAGACCUCAGCUGGUCCUCGGACGGGCAGAUCCUUAUGGUUUCGAGCGCCGACGGAUUUGUUUCAAGCGUCAACAUAACACACUCGCUGGUCGGCGAGGUGGAAACGUACAGCGUGAGCGAAUAUCUGAGUAAGCACAAACUCACAAAUGCUCCGGCGAACACCGGUCAACAAAGCUCCAUUAUAGACCUGCUGAGCACAGACGCGACGCCGGCACCGGAGUCGAUCGGGAAACCGGGAGACUCAGUGCAGGUGAUCGACAUCACGACUCCGCAGCCGGAGCGCGAUACAACGCCGGAACCCGCACCCAAGAGGCCCAAAAUAUAA